CAUAAAAGGUCGCUCCAGUUCAAGCGGCGUCAAUUCAACUCGUAGACAUUGAAACUCAAACUAUUAUCUCUGCCAUUAAAAAGUAGACGCCGGCAACACAGCGCCGCCGCGUCAGUGGCCGGACGCGGCCAGUCGAGCGGGCGCACGCGGCGAGCAAUGUCGUGCGCGGGUGAUGCGCGGCCGUCCCGCGCCUCGUGAGCGCUGCCGGCAUGUGAUGUUCCGGAGACGCGCGCUGCGGCGGCGGCUAGCAGCCGCCGGCGCAAACCACAUCCCCGACGACACUCUCAGGAGACUCUCUCGCGCGCUGGACACUCCACCCGCCUCAGAAUGUGUGCCAGCGGACCCCAAUCUCAAACUCGUUGUGACCAGACUGUUCAGAUUCCCCGACUUGAGGGACCUCAACGAGCUGAGGCGCCUCCCGGUGUGCCGGGAGCAGAACUGCUGCAAUCCUCACCAUUGGAGCAGACUGUCGGAACCCGAAAUCCCUCCCCCGCCAUACACGCCGUACGCGAUGGAUGACGUUAAAACUAAGGACCACGGAGAGAGCACAGCAGACGCGAGGAGGACGGACCACGAGCGGCUAACUGCGGGCUCCCUCGCCACUGACGGCGAAGAGAAAGGCACAUGGGAAACGGAGUGGUGCCGGCUAGCGUAUUGGGAGCUGGCGCGACGCGUGGGCCGCCAGUUCGGCGUGCGGGUGCGCUGCGUCGACGUGUUCGGCGGCGCUGGCGCCGGCCGCGCCGGCCUCUGUCUCGACGCGUUGGAGGACGCCACUAAAGCUGAUCAGGUGAAGAAGAUCCGUUCCAAAAUCGGUCUGGGCGUGACUCUCUCCCUAGAGUCAGACGGCGUGUGGCUAUACAAUAGGAGCCAGCAGCCCGUGUUCUGCAGCUCGCCCGCGCUGGACGCGGCGGCCGCGCGCGCGCUGCUGGUGUGGCGCGUGCCGCCCGGGCACUGCCUGCGCGUGUUCGACCCCGCCGCGCCGCCGCCCGCGGCCUCGCUGCCGCACGUGGGCCCCGUGGACCCGCGCUCCGUGCGGAUCUCCUUCGCCAAAGGCUGGGGCCCCAAGUACUCGCGCCGGGACGUCACCGCCUGCCCCUGCUGGCUCGAAGUCCUCCUCGCGCCCCCCAGCUGACCCUAGUGCUUGUAAAACUUUUAUACGGGAUUGUGUUUUUAUAAACGUUUUUACGGACGCGGUGUUUAUGAACUUAACCAAUUAUUUAUGUGAUGUUAAAAUUUAAACAGGUUUAUGUGGAGAGGCCUUGUAACCAGUGAUUUUAAUGAAUUUAUUGUGUGAAUGUGUACUCACGGGAGACGCGGGACGUUAGGAGAGCCACCAUUGUCAUUACCGCAUUACUUCAUGUCAUUACCAUGUCACUUCGAGUCAUCACCAUGUCACGCCAUUUUUCGUGAAGUAACUCGCUGAAAUUGGAAAAGCCAAUUUUUUGUGGAGUGCGACUUAUUGCCUCUAUUCGUUGCUGCGUUUUCUGUGAGCAUUGCUCUGUAUCACAUGUUUACAUCUACGAAUAUGUCAGCUUCAUUUUGACAUUAACCCUUUCAGGACAGAUCAAUACCCACGAGUGAGGUGGUUACAUUUUGAUAACAUUUUUAACACGUGUCAAUAGCCUUCAUUUCAGUUAUGUUUAUAUACCGUCAUGUUUUUCCUGUUUUUAAGGAGUAACAUGACAUAUUUUCGUAGCUGAUAUAUUUGUAGUGGCAAGUCGUGUGAUACGUAGCACUUUUGAAAGUCAUGAUAUUUAUGAGGCCUUACUGUCAACGCUGUGUGCACCAUGUAUAGUCACCUAUACAAUUGUAUGGAUUGUAUUAUGUAUAGCACUCGACUUAAGACAACGCGAGACUGUAAAUAAUAAAUUAAUACUUACAAUUAUGUACUAUAAAUAUGUAAUUAAACUAUUUAUAUUUUAAAAUAUGCCUUACCUUAGAUUGUACAAUUAUUUAAGAGUUAGUGUAUAGAGUUCUUUUUGUACAGUAAUUGACACUGAUGUAUUGCGAGAUAGUUUGUUUAAUGUGAAGGCUGUGUAAGCAUUUUUAAGCGGCCUUGCGCCGAGCUACACCGGGAACCAUGGCGAUGUCACUAAACAGUGCUGACAUUCCUGUCAACCGACCGACGUGACACUACUCUUAAACUACGAAGAUCUGCCAAUUUUAUAAUAAAACGAUUUAAAAAUAGAUAGGUAAUGUCUACAGAAUAAACAUUGUGCCUUGCGUUGUAUUCAAGUACCUAUAAUAAAUCCAAAAUUUACGUAGGAUACUACUGUCAAUUUCACUGGCCUAUAAAGUUAAGUCUUUACAUAGUUAUACAAAUGUUUGAAUGGAAAAGCUCGAAUUUAAGGGUAAAGUAUAUACAUAACACGCUUUAGGACCGAGUGAGUCGAUGACAAUAAAGUUUAUCUAGUCUUUAAAGGUCUUGCUUCGUUAUCCGCGGCUGCCGUCUCGGCCAGGGUGACUCGCUGUCAAUGUCACUACCGUUACCGUUUGCUGUCACUACCGGUUUCACUAUUGACUGUUUCUAAAAAUAUUUUUUCGGCAUUUCUAUGUAUAUGCAAACCAGAUGAAACUGAUGUGUAGUUUCACUUUUAAGAAUACUUGCAUGCAUUUUGGCCGAUUCGGUAGGGAGUAGUUUUUUUAUGUAGAUAUAAAAUCACAAGUAGCCGGUCGGCUUAAUCCAUGUUUAAUCCUUUGGUCUAAUAAUUUAAACGUUUUUUAAUACUUACUGUUUUGGAUUCUUAUUAGUAUUACCUAUUAAUUCGCAUUUUUCAAGCAACGAUUGGUACCCGUCUUUCUAAAGGAACAGAUAAAGAAAUGACUUGAACUGUGCGGCUACUUGUGACUAUCUUUGUUGCGAAUUCUAUGUAACUUUACUAGGCACUGCUCAAUGUAUUCAUUGUUUCAUUCCGGGGGCCUAGCCAAGAUGCCAAAUGUUUGCAAAGAAACGGUUAUGUCUCUCUGUCGCACAGAAGUGUGAUAGAGAGACAUUACCGUUUCGUUACGGCGCAAACGAUUGGCAUAUUUGCUAGGCCCUCUGAAUUAAUAAGCUAUCGCGGCUACAUAUUUACACGUAGCUCCAUUUAGACAAUAGAGAAUCUUGAAAUUAUAAUGACCACUGACCAAUAUUAUAUUUAAAUCAAACUUUUGUCACACUUGAACUGUCCAAGAGUUUAAUUUUACAUAAAAAAAACUGUUUUUAAAACCGUUUGAUAGGUCUAUAAAAUCCAAUAGUUUUGUUAAAAUAUUAUUUAUAACGGUAAUAACAUGCCAGUAAUAGAUACAUUUAGCUGAUAAUAGCCAUUGAAAUUUCAGUCACUAUAAAAAAAUAAGGUCAAUAUAGGGAAGAUCGGAUAAGUUUAUUACUGGGAAGACCGUCAUAUGACCGAUGCCUUUGUAUGCGUACUUCGCUCAGACACAGUCUGAGAGGAAGAUUCACUCCUGCUCUACCGACCAUCUGUAAGAAUUAUCUAUGUGAACAAAUGUAAUGGUUAAAAGCGACGAAAGCGCUUGUAGACGGUCUUCCCCAUAUUGACCUUGUUAAGAUUGUGCCUAUCUAGAUAGAACGCCUCUUGUUUACGCGGUCACAAAAUUUUUGAAUGUUUUGAAGCAUAAUGUUGAUUUUAAAGCAUUAGGUAGGACCGAAUGUUGUUUAAAAGAUAAUGUGCUGUUUAGUCAUUGCAUUAGACUGAUGUACGCCUUAACAAAUACACGUAUUUUUAAACAAUGUAUAGAUCCCGUCUAAGAUGAGGAGAAAUCGGAUUUUGGGGGGCAAAAUUAAAUGACAGAAUCUGGCGAUAAUUUGAAGGUUCCGUAUCACUUACUCGAUAAUAAUACUAAAAAUAACACUUUGAAUGCUGGGAGCGAUCACUAGUACGGUCACGGUCAAGGAGUUAUUACAGUAUCAAUUCGUACCUUGUCACAGGGACGAUAAUAGGUAUGAGGUCCUUACUUACUUUUAUAUUGAUAGUCACCGUGACAAGUUACGAAAUGAUAAUGAAAUUAAAUUAAUUGACUGAAAUUGGAAAAGUAUCGAUAGGUUAUCGAUAUGGGAACUCUAGUUGUCUUUUAAUGUUGACCCCUAAAAUUUAGAAGAUAAGUUUGCAUCGAUUUCGGAAGCGACAAGAGUGUGGCAGUGCUGUUAUAAAUGUCUUAUUCCUAUGAAAAUAUGGCAUUUAUAGUGGCGCGGUUACACUUUGUCGAUGUCAGAUUGCACACUUAGCUUAGACGGACUCUAAAGUCCACGCACAAAGUGCACGGACCCUACACAACUUACAUACAUUACUUAAAAAUAUGUUGAUAAUAAAAAAUAAUAAUAUAAAUUUUAAAUAAUGUAGAUAGGUAGUAAUUGUUAUCCCUGAUUAAGACCUAAGUUGUGAGCGCCUGAGAUCAAAAUGGAAUUAAAUAAAAGAACAGAUUAUUUUUA